CGCAAAGUUCACUACAAAUUUAGGUAGAAAUGAAAGAGUUUGUAACUCGUGGAUGUCUGGUUAGUACUCCGGGCAAAUCAGUUUUCCCGGGGAGACAAACGAGAACUGGCUUCUGGCCCAGACAUUAUGAGGGUCGGACGACCAGACCGACCCUGUAGGGCAAAAGCGCCGCGUAGACACGGCAUAGUUUUUCUACAGCUCAAGUAUUUUUAGCAAGUUGAAUGGAUACAGGAAAGACGAAGGGUUGCUCCAAAGACGACCACAGUAUCCCUUCAAUCUUAUGUAAAGGUGGCAGAGUAGAACAUGGGUUCAUGCUAACAGGGAUUUCACCCUAUUUUGAAUCAGUUGACCCGGGCGGUGCGUCUGAGAUAGAACGGGGGAGUAACUCCGGCCUCUCAUUUCUCUCUCCACGAAAAACAUACCAGGACGUACAACUAGAUCAUCACCAAGUCCUUUACCGUUAAUAUGGUGAGAUAGACACCAAUAUUCCAUACAGCCUAACAUUAUGGAGGAGACUACCAAAGUGAGUACCACGAUGUUUGUACAGCUUAUAGACAAAAGUUGGUUUUUCAAAUGUACGUUCGAUACCACAAUCUCGUCGGCAAACGGGCCGGAUCACCGGUGAGUGUGCUGCCGGCGCAUGCGCACAACCCGCUGCAUCGCUCGCUAUUGAGUUUCGUGGCUGUGUGUGCGUUGAACAACGUGUGCAGCGUGUAAGUUGACCAGACUCGUGUUGCCUUUUGCUUCCGCCGUACCUGUCGAACAGUACCCACGCGUGGUGACCCCAACACCAUUUUUGUAGGCAAAGUGCUCUUCAAAAAACCCGUUAACUCCACUUUCGCGUCCCGAAACCCUUCCCUGAAACGUCCGAUUGUCUUGGCUGCUCAGACGUCCCGCUGUUGUCACCGUGUCACCAGAAGACACCUUGUGAAAUGUUUCGAUGUUUUCUAAAGGCGCCCACUCGCCUCUGCCACGGAAUCUGAGUCCUCUGUUUUUCAACCAUGUAUAGCGGUACGGGUUUCUCGCCGAGUGUCAGCCCAUUCCGAGCGCCUCCUUCCGCACCUCUUAACUUCCCGUGCCAUGUCUCGCGCUUGCCGUGUUCAGACAUCACCAAGAUUGCCAGCUUCACUUUGGACAAGCUCCUCGAAGCCCACGGCGGCGACAAAGCGGCUCUGUACUCUGUUUCGGCUUCUCCCUUCUCUUCCAAUUGUCCCGAACGAAACACGAACCCUGAAUGCUUCUGCUGGUCCCAGGCAUGUCCGCACCGCGCCGCUGCGGCCGCCAGCACUCAUCCCCUUCCUCUGCAUCCUGAGCUGCCCUUUGACGCUUCGCCUUUUCGAGACAAAAGUUCACUGGGCGCAGGAACCGCGCUGCACACGGCAGCGGCCGGCGCGUCAGUUCCUCACUUUGCCAGGUGUACAUACACCCCACUCGUGACGUGCCAAAGCGGCGCGGCAGCUGCGUGCGCUCCGCGCAGCGCCGUCGUUGAGUCACUUUUUCCGCUUCCGCAACGGGAACUAUGUCCCGGUAACAAGUCGAGCCGCCAAACCUCGAGUUUGACGACCUUCUCCGGAUUGUGUGAUGCUGAACAUCCAGCCGACUGCGCAGGUCUCGGCGCGGCAGCUCCGCAGCGAGUCCCGGGAAACUGGAGCGCUCCAAACUGUGGAGCUGGGCGCCGGAAUGGAAGAAAUUUCCACACUGGAAACUUGUCCCACGACCCGUGUGGCGAAGCGGCGCCUCUGCACGUUGUGGGAGAGCGACGAGGCGCGUGUGCAGGCGAUGCAUCCGCCGACCAGGACUCAGAGGACCCUUUGUCCUUGCAUUUCUCCUCCCAGACACAUUCCGGCGCGCGGCACUUGACACUCAGUGAAGAAAGAGGCCCUGUGGGAACGAGAGCGAAAAGCCACGGACACUCCCGGUUUCUCGUCGCGGUCGGCGGGAUCCCCGGGAGCGGGAAAUCCACUUUUGGUGGACGACUGGCGGCUGAGAUCAAACGACUGUGGUCAGAACGGAGAAAGCAGUGGGAAGAAGAGCGGCGAUGCGCCGCACUCGCGUCACCUGUAAAGCCUGUCUUUUCCGCGGAGAGCGCGACGGAGCAGGAGGAACAGAACUGCUUCUCAAGUCCUUGCCAAGAAGUAGAGGGGGACGGCGCCCGCACAGCUGAAGCUUCCGCCUCCGAGACGGGAGGCCGCGAUACAUCCGUGAAACCGUGUGACUGUGCAGAAAUUCUCGACGGAGCCCGUGAAAAAGCCAAGCAGGAAAAAGACAUUUGCGUCGCCAUUGGCAUGGACGGUUUCCACCUCACAAGGGAACAGCUGUCACAGUUCCCCGACCCUGCAGAAGCUUUUCGCCGGAGAGGCGCCGCCUGGACCUUCGACAUGCCUGCUUUUUGGCGAACGCUCCAUGAUGUGAAAUACUCCCCUGAUCGGAGCAUCUCGCUUCCCACGUUUGACCACUCGACGAAGGACCCCGUGCCCGACGGCAUAAUCAUCUCGCCAGAGACCAAAAUCGUCAUUGUCGAGGGUCUUUACUUGUGCUUGUCGGAGAACGAGCAAGAGAAAGAAGAAACAGUGGCGUCGUUAGAGACACCGAAGCGCUGCUGGUUCAACCAAGAUGACAAUCUCUUCGAUGUGCAGCUCUUUCUUCACACUCCUUUAGAGGAAGCGGGCAAUCGCGUGGUAAAGAGACAUCUCGCGUCGGGAAUCUGCGACACCGAGACAGAGGCAGUGGAGAGGUGGAAUGACAACGACGCUGUAAAUGCAGCUUUCAUUCUGAGUCAUGUCGACACAGCCCACUUAAACGCGGCAAUUACUCAGGACUAAAAUACGCGCUUCUUCACGCAUACACUGGAGCUGUUCACAUGUACACAAAUGUAGGCAUCUCUACCGGGAAACACACACACACAGAAGUAUAAAUGUACAUACACAUACAUAACUAUAUAUGCUUGUGUACGGAACCGCGCCUCAAAAUAUAUAUAUUUGUCGAGAUCCGAACCUAUGUAUAUAUAUAUAUAUAUAUACAUAUAUAUUAUGUGGUAGACAUUCGUAUAUAUAUAUAUAUAUAUAUAUGUAUAUAUAUUCAUAUUAUAUAUAUAUAUAUAUAUAUAUAUAUAUAUAUAUUUGCAUUUUCCACCGUCACGUUGUUGAGCGCUCAAGCUUGACAGCAGGAGACAGGAAAGUGGUAUUUGCCGUUCCGCACUCCCGAGUUCCACGUUUCCUUGAGUUGAGAAUCAUGUGGAGGUCGUGCACACGAAAUACGUAAUUCUGUUGUAUUUUUGUACUCGCGAAUACAUCUGUACACAUGCACACAGGUCUACAUAGGGACAAACGUCCACGAUGGGGAAACAAGCGGCUGAACUCAAUACGUAUAAUGUGCACAAACUUUAGCGGUUCUGUCAAAAAGAGGCAAGUGAAAUCACAAAUAGCGACGAAGGCAACCCUGUCUUCGUUUAUGACAUGCAAAUAAAAGUAUCUGCAUGGAACACCGGAUAGGCGCUGUAGAGCUGCCUGUGCACUUCUGCGUAUUGACGUGGUGCGGGUGUUGCCUGGGCAUGUUUUUCCGCACUGUUUGUCCGUGCAUAUACUUUGAAAAGGUUUGGACCAGAUUACCCUGAUUGUCUUUGUUGUAAUAAUACCAGGUGUUAAGUUCAUACACUGGAACCCAAUGAUUAUCGCUGAGCUUGGCGGCAGUCGCUGCAGGGCACAUCGGACAUCAAGUGAAAGUCGUGCAGUGGCAAGCUUGUUCCGAAUUCAUACGUUUGUUGUGUGAGUGGAAGCGUUCAGUGAACAGAGGAGCAGGGAAGACGAAUGCGACGAUGUAGUUGUUGUCAGUCACCUAUUGAGUGAAGACCGGGGGAAGUCAUUUGUUGGGAGCUGAUAUUGGAAAUGUAGACAUAAACGCGUUUUACGAGACGCGCAUCUCCAAGAGAGAACU